GUGCCUUCAUAUACUAAAAUCAAAUUUUGACUUGAAAAUAAAUGGCAGCAGAAGGGGAACAACAACUUCAGACUAAUGGUCACGCAAAACCUGCCGAAGAGUCAACAAAUUCCAUACAAUCCAAAGAGUUGCGCAGGAAAAAACGCAAGAAAUUUUUAGUAUAUGUUGCACUCUUUACUCUGUUUCAAAUUGCAGUGAUUCUCUUCUCUUCAUUCUACAUAAUGAAAGUCAGAACGCCGAUAUUUCACGUCCGGUCUGCUACCUUUGAUCAUGUGGAGUACAAAAAUGCAGAAAACGCUUCAUUCGACAUCAGAAUGAACGUCGAAUUGGGUGUCAAAAAUACUAAUUUUGGACCUUACAAGUACAGAAACAGCACUGUUUAUUUUUUCUAUAAUGAUGUGAGUAUUGGAGAGGCCUUUGUUUCUCAGGGCAAAGCUGGUUUUAAGUCUACAAAGAAAUGUAAUUUGCUUGUGAAUCUUUCGUCCAAGGAUGUGUUACCUAAGGACUCGCAGUUAAGGAAUGAUCUGAGUUCUGGAACGUUAAUUUUGACCAGCAAGUCAAAAUUGGAAGGGAAAGUAGAGCUGAUUUUUGUCAUCAAGAAAAAGAAAUCUACGGAGAUGAAUUGCACCAUCACUAUUGGAUUGGCUGAUAAAGUGGUUCAGGAUAUAGACUGCGACUAGCAAGUUAGUUCAAUUACCAACUAGAAUAAUUUUCUUUUAAUGUUUACUAAGUAGUACCAACUUUUAAAUCUGAUACAUCAAUUGAUUUCUUUGCUUGUGGAGUUAAACCUAUAUCACACAGUACUAAUCGCUUUUUAUUUUUACGGCUAUUUGGAGGCCAUAUCGAAAUAAUAAUUAGUUUAAUAAAUGAAAAUUCCAUUUGUUCAGUAAUAAGCAUAUGACUUUAAAUUUUGUAGGGAAGAAGCUUAAGCUGUAGUUUUUAAUUAAUUAGAGGACUAACUAGCACUAUUGGACACAAAUAACAAAUAUUUCAAUUAAGUCGUAUGAAUGUCACCCCUGAAAAACAUGACGUGUGAUAGUAUAGCGCUCACAAUAUAGAUCAUGUAUUUGUAGUAGUAAGUGAUAGUAGGCCAAAGGUGGACACACACAUCAUACAUUCCCGAUAACAUAUACUUGGAGAACCGAGUAUAUUAAAACAGAAAAUCAACAUGCAAUUAUACAAAACUAUAAGAAGAAAGAAAUACUCCUACUAUAUUCAAAAACGAAAAUAACACUAAUACUGUAAUACACAGCCGAUGCUUAUAAUUUACUGGUACAGAUAAAAAAAAAAAAAAAAAAAAAUCACGCACUAGGGAGCAAAGUAAGUCAAGAAACCAAAGGAGGAGCCCCUGAUAGUAUCUGUACGUAAAGCAAUUUAAUAUGAAUACUGGAAAAUUAACAGGUUUUACCUAAUUUUCAUAUACUAAAAUUGCAAGUCAAGAUAAGAGUCAGCAAAUUAAUAAAAGAAAAAAAAAAUACUACAAUUUAAACAAAGAGAACAU